AGUUUGUGAACUAUUGUCAUGACAAGAAUAAGGCAAUGGCAUUUAAAUCCCUCCACAAUCUGUGCCUAGAUUACUUUUCCAAGAUUAUUUCCUACUAUUCUCCUUUGCUAACUUCUCCACUCUAAUUAAAUUGGUCUGCUAGCUGUAUCAUAGCAUUCAAUCUUCUGUCUGUUUUUUGUUGUUCCGUUUUUGGGGGUUUUUUGGUUUGUUUUUUUUUUUUAAGAUUUCAUGACCCCAUUUGGGGUUUUCUUGGCAGAUCCUGGAGUGGUAAGCCAUGUCCUUCUCCAGCUCAUUUUCAAAUUAGGAAACUGAGGCAAACAGAGUUUGUCCAGUCACACAACUACUGUCAAGCCAGAUUUGAACUUAGAAAGAAGUCUUCAUGAUUCUAAACUUAAUCCUCUAUACAUUGUGUCAACUAACCAGACUUUCUUUCUCUACUUGUGUCUUUACCCUGACUGUUCUCAGGGGUUCUGAGAUGGUUGCCCUCUUCCUCACAAAUCAUUUUGUAUCUUUGUAUCCAAACCCUCAUAUAUCCUUGUAAAAUAUAAUCUCUCUGAAGGCAGGGACUUUUUUGAUUUUUAUUCAUUAUCACCUCAGGAUAUGGUACAGUGCCCUGCACUGAAGUAGGUUGGUUUCAGCCUGGCUUCCAAGGAAAAAGGAAGGAAGUAGGAUGACUUAUUCAUCUUUCUCAGCCAGAAGAAUUAGCAGGAAUUAAGCUGUAUUGAAGAAGUGAGGAAGGGGGAUGGUUUGUGAAGUAAUGUAUUUACUGUAAUUCCCUUAGGAUAAAUAAGGAAGGGGUAUAGUUUAUGCCACAGAAAUAAGAAAGAUUAUUCAUGUUACAGAUAUAAUAAGAGUGGUGGUUGAAUAAAUAAGGAAAUAGAAUGGUUUGUGGUCAAAUCAGCAUUUAUUAAGCUUUGCCUGGCACUGUGCUAAAUGCUGGGCAUGCAAAUGGAAGCAGAAAUAAAGAAUUUGUCUCCAAGGAGUUUAUAACCUAAUAAAGGAAGACAAGCCAUGUUGGGAGCUGAAAGGGAGUACAAAGUUGGAGAUAGUUAUAGGGAGAGGCAGAGAUAAAGAUAUCCAGAGAGUGGGCAUUUAAAACAAAUCCAGGAAAGUCAGGAAUAAAGAAAUUCCUCUGAAUGGAGUAAAAUUGUAUUGAAGAAAUAAAAAUAAAAAGAAAGAAAUUAAAAAGAAAGGCAUUUUUAACAGAAAUAAGUGAAAAGAUUAUUGAAUAAAUAAGGAAGGGGAAAUCCUUGUGUUACAGAAAUAAGAAAGCAAGAUUAUGUUAAAUAAAUAAGGUAAGCAGACAAUUUCUUGGUGGUUCCCUUUAGAAAAAUAAGAAGGGGGGAUGGUUUGUGUUGGAAAAAUAUGUAACGGGAAUUAUUUGUAUUGUAGAAAUAAGAAAUAGGGAUAGUUUGAUUUGCAGAAAUGAGGAGGCAAGAUUGAAUGACAAGGGGAAUAGUUUGUAGUUUUAAAUAAAGAAGUAAGAUUGUUAAAGAAAUAAGGAAGGAAGAUGGUUUCAUUUUAAAAUAAGGAAGUGAGAUUAAGUAAAAGAAAUAAAUAAAAAGGGAUGGAUUCUCUUUGGAGAAAUAAUUGGGGAGAUGAUUUCUGUGAUACUUCCAUCACAGAAAGUAGAAUGGCUUAUACAUUUAUUCAUAUAGAAUAGUAGGGCUCAGGAAUGGUUUGUGGGACAGAAAUAAGAAAGUGGAAUGGUUUUCCAUCAUUUCCUUUGAAGAAAUAAGUGAUAAUGUGCUUAUUUGGGAAGCCUGCUAAGAAGUCAUGAGAUAUUUAUGCCUCUCCCAAAAAUGAAAUGGAAUACUCUCUUGGCCUCUUCCCUCUUACAGUUAAAGAACAGAUUCCCAUCCCAUAAAUUUCCCAUGGAUAUAAAUCUCCUGUGUCCAGCGCAAGUUUUUCUAGAUGCAGAGAUAAAUAGCUAUAGGGUAAAUGUAUGGGCAGAUGAACCAAAGUGUUGAUAAACUAGUGUUGGAUAUACAUCUAGGGCAUCUAGAAGAUAGAGAGCCACAAAGUCCCCCCAAAGUAGAGUCCAUCUAGGAAGAGUUCAUAGAGAAAAAGGCAUUCAAGAAAGGUUUUAAAUAAUGGAAGAUAGAUAUCUAGGUAGAAAACUUGGGUUCUCAGUCAUGUCUGCCUCUUGCAAACUUCCUGAUCUUCUGUAGAACUUCUGGACCCUGUCAGGAUCAUCCAGGAAAGUUUUCUUUACAUCAAUUAGCAGGUAUUAAAAAUCCAACAAGUUUUUUAAAAUACCCAAUACGUGCAAGAUCAUAUGUUAGGCCUUGGGACACAUGAUCUCUGCCUUCUAGAGUUGAGGCGAGGCAGAAAUUUAGAGGGAGAAGAAAUAGUAAGCAAGCCGGACAUGGAGUCUGUACACUCUAGUUCAGACACAGAUAGCUGCACGUUGUGACUCUUUAUUUCCUUCCUUUGUACAAGAAAAAGGGAAUCCAGCUGCUGCUGAAUUCACAGGAUUAUAGAGAAAAUAGCACUUGAGAGAUCUGAGUUGGCUUCCCAGCUAUACCAUGUACUAGCUGAGUUUUGACAAAUCAUCCUUUUUUUCCCCAAGUCUCAGUUUCCCCAUCUGUGAAAUGGAAAUCAUAGUGUCUUUCCCCACACCUUAGGUAGUGUGUGAUAUAGUAGAUAGAGGGUCAGCUUUGAAGCCUGUAAGAGCUGGGUUCAAACUUUGCUUUUAGCUAACCUCCCACCUCCCCAGACUAUGAGUUGAAGAUGAAUUAUUAAAUUGUGUUGGUGGAGGAAGUUUCCACACGGGAACUUCCCUUACCAGGGAAAUCUCAGGUCUAGGGGAAAAAAAUCUCUCUCUCAUUGCUGUGAAAAGGAUGUUUAUAAAACAUGAAAACAAAAUAAAUUAUAACAAUGAGAGCUACUAUCGUUAUGUGACAUAAUGGAUGAGGAUGUGCUUUUUAAACUGUAAACUGUAGCUUAUAAAUAACUAAAGCGCCUCCUCCCUGCUGUUAUUAUAACUUAUGCAGAUAUUUAUAAUAACCUACAAUCACUGCUAACGGUAAAAGAAGAAUCAUUUCCCUACAAACAGAUGAUUAAGCGCCAAGAAGUGUGGGGUAGAGAUUAUUAUUAGCUAGAAGGUUUCCUUUCUCGCUCUCUCUGACUAAAGGAAGCUGCAAAUCAGGAGGAGGGAGUACUCUCGCUGCAAGGUGGCCUGGGCUGUGUCCAGUUAGGUUCUGUAUGUGGCUGAGAAUCCUAGGUCAGCUUUGGCUUUGAAUUAAACAACGGUGGUGAGUCUAGGUGGAGCCAAAGAGCACAGAGCUCUGGACCAGGAGACUUACUUUCAUGAGUUCAAAUCCAGCUUCAGACACUUCCUAGCUGUGUGAACAAGAAAUCAUUCUUUCCAUUUUGCUGUCAUUGCCUUCUAAGUACCCAGUUUGGCCAGUUGAUCUGGGACAUCAAAAAGAGAGUUUCUUUUUAGGAUAGCAGGGAUAUAAGCAGAUAGAAGGAAGGAAGCAAGUGGAGAAGGACUUUUUUUUAUUACAUACAAGGAGAGGAUAUAAGGAAGAAAGGAGGAGAGAGAAGGAAAAAGGAAGAAGAGAGAGUUUCUCCAGGCGUAGGAAGCGCUUGACCUUGCCUCUUCCUUCAGACCCAGGUCCCCUGGACAUGGAGGCAGGAAAUGAGACGACCACAAAGACCUUUGGCUUCCCGGGCUCCCCUCCCUCCUGUGUCUUCCACGAGAACUUCAAGCACGUGCUCCUGCCCUUGGUGUACUCCCUGGUGCUGGCCCUGGGUCUGCCCCUGAACGCCUACGUCAUCGUGCAGAUCUGGCUGUCGCGGAAAGCCCUGACCCGCACAGCUAUCUACAUGCUGAACCUGGCCGUGGCCGACCUGCUCUACACCUGCUCCUUGCCUCUGCUAAUCUACAACUACGCCCAGAGAGACACCUGGCCCUUUGGGGACUUCUCCUGCCGCCUGGUCCGCUUUCAGUUCUACACCAACCUCCACGGCAGCAUCCUCUUCCUGGCUUGCAUCAGCUUCCAGCGCUACCUGGGCAUAUGUCACCCCCUGUCCAGAUGGCACAAACGGUGGGGCCGAGGCUCCGCCUGGGUGGUGUGCGGGGCCGUGUGGCUGGCCGUCUCAGCCCAGUGCCUGCCCACGGUCGCCUUUGCCCAGACCGGGGAGCUACGGAACCGCACUGUCUGCUAUGAUCUGAGCCCUCCGAGCCUGGCCGCCAGCUACCUGCCGUAUGGCAUGGCCCUCACCUUCACCGGCUUCGUGCUGCCCUUCAGCGCCGUGCUGGCUUGCUACGUGCGCCUGGUCCGCCGUCUGUGCCAGCAAGGCGGCCCUGAGGGGCCGGCCGUGGCAGAGAAGCGGAGCAAGUCGGCUCGCAUGGUGGUGGUGGUGCUAGCCGCCUUUGCCAUCAGCUUCCUGCCAUUCCAUGUCACCAAGACUGCCUACCUGGCUGUCCGGUCCAUAUCCGGGGUUCCCUGCCCUGUCCUACAGGCCUUUGCUGCCGCCUACAAGGGCACGAGACCCUUUGCCAGUGUCAACAGCGUCCUCGACCCCAUCCUCUUCUACUUCACACAGAAGAAAUUCCGCCAGAGCCCCCAGCAGAUCUUGUCCAAGAUCAGUGCCAAGUGGCAAGGCACUAAGUGGCAACAGGGACACUGAACUCCGAGGGGCACAACGGGGUCAUGGGCCCCAGAUGGCUCAGCCAGGUGUAAGCUCUAGAUUGUCCCACUGUGUUGCCCAAGAGGCACCUCCUUCAGAUAACAGGGAACCCUAAGACAACUGUAACCUCCUCCUGCAAGGGAAUGAUGCGCCCAAAGACCCUGAAGAUCCCAGUAGCUUGUGAAAUCUUAGGGUGAAGUGUCCAAAAGCACUACAUUGGGAAUCAGAAGUUCUGGGUUCAGAUCCUGGUUCUGGGUGACUUAACUUUUCUGGGCCUCAGUCCCUGGAAGGGAUUGGAUAAUUCCAAGGAGAAAAGAUUGGGUGAUACAGCUCUUUAGUCACCCUGCUGUCUAUCAUGAUGGAUAUUCUGGAGCACAUGAAAUAAGAAGAAUCAUUCUGGGAUCUAAAGUGAUUCUCAGACUCCCAGCUGAGUCCCAAAUCGAUCCACCCUCAUCAUUUAUUUAUUGAGCACCUUCUUACACUGCAUGGGGAACUGGAAACAAAAGCAGUGUAAUAGAACAGAGAAAGCCCUGACUGGGAACUCAGAGGAGGGAGCUGGGUAUGAGUCCAGCCACCAACUCACUAUGUGAUCUUGGGUAGAGCUGCCCUCCUCUCCCAGUCUCCUCUGCUUCCCAGACACAGAAAGGGGUGGAUGGGCUUGUUGUGAUGAGGAUUGAGUGAGGCAGUAAUUGUAAAGCACUUAUAAUAAGCACUAUAUAAAUGUUAACUCUCAUUGCUAUAAUGAUGAUGACAUGAUUUCUAAGACUCCUUCUAGCUACAAAUCCCAUGAUCUCGGGGUGGAUGUUGUGAGCUCCCUUACAGAAUUCUGAUUUAUGGGAGGCAGCAAGGGAAGGAAGAAGGAAGGAAGAUGUGAAAAAGGUGGAAAAGCAAAACUUAAGCAUGACCUAGACCACGGGGAGGUAGGAGACCAAGAUCUGAGACCUGCCCCUAGUACUGACUUUGCUGUGGGAUCCUGGGCAAGAGCCUUUCAUUCUCUAGGUCUCAUUUUCACUUCCCCUUCUGUCAAAUGACAGGAGUAGGAUUAGAGGAGUAGGACUCUUAAGGUGUCUUCUGAUAUUGACAGACUAUAAGGUGUGUAACUCAUGUUCUACCUGACUAGGAUGGCUGCUCCCAAAGCCAUUUGUGCUCCCCUCUCUGCUCUACCCUUUACCCAGCAUAUCUUGCCUCCUGAUCAUUACAUGUGGAACUCCUACUUUAAAGCCCAGCAUAUUCCUGAUGCCCCCUGAUCAGUAAUGACUUCUCCCCUCAGACUUCACAGAGCACUUCUCUGAGGCACGUUACCAUGUAAUGUUGUGAAUUAAAUAUUUGUGCUUGUGACUUACCCUUUACUAGAUUGGAAGCUCUAUGAGGGCAGGGAUAGAGUUUUAUUUAAACUAUGUGUCUACUUCAGCUUGGAGCACAGUUGCCUGUCCCAAACAAUAGGUGCUUAAUAAACAUUUGUUAAAAUGAAAA